UCAUUGAUGAGAGAGAAGAAGAAGAAGACUGUGUCUUGGCUGUCGUUUUGUUAGGGGCGGGGAGGUGGCGCGAGGCUUCGUUUACCCUCAACAAAAGCCAACGGCAAACGAAGAAGUAGGAGCUCCCUCCAACCAGUAGCCACCUUCUGUCCUCCCCCUCCCAUUUCAAGCCUUUGCUUCCCUUUCCACCUCCACAUCCCCUCCCAGCCAUCAAACUUCUGCCUUCCCUUCCUCCCCCCUCCCCCUCCCACCCACCGCCAUUCCCGUCGCCGGCGAUUCCCUUCCGCCAGUACCGAAGCGAUGACGCCGACCUAACUGAACGCAUAUAAGAUACCAUCAUCGGCGCCAGGUGAGCUUCUGAAUUGGAUGUCAAGCUGCGAUACCUCCGACGACAUGACCAAGUCCAACGCGUCCGAUGAUUCCUUCAAGAACGAGAAGAAGAAGAAGUCCAUUUUGUCGAACAUCUUCAGCAGAAAAGGCAAGAACGAGAGACGAUCGGAGGAAGACAUAUUCCCCGGAACCGAGAUUGUUUUCGAUCUUGAGAAGACGUACGUGGCAAGGAGGACGUUCUUGGAGGCAUCCUCGGUCAGCUUUUCAGAGAGGCACUCGAGCUCGCGAAUCGAGAGUCUGAAUCUUUGUAGUUUGGAAAGCCUCAGAAGAAAAGCUUUUCGUCAUGUUCAGGAGUUCCGCAUGUUUGUUGCCACAUGGAACGUGGGGGGAAAGCCACCCAGCGAUGACCUCGACCUCGAAUCUUUUCUACAGGUAGAAGGAUCGCAUGACAUCUAUGUAUUAGGGUUUCAGGAAAUAGUUCCUUUAAAUGCAGGCAAUGUGUUAGUGAUCGAGGACAACGAGCCCGCGGCGAAAUGGCUUGCCCUCAUCAGCCAAGCCAUCAACAAGCACGGCAAGUGCUCGCCUGACGACUCCGAUUCCAGCAACGAUGGGAAACAUGGCAAGGACUCCAAGUCCACGAGCGGCCUUCUCUUCUUCCAAAGGCCCUCCCUCAAAGUCCUCAGCAGGAAUUAUCGCAUGGAUGGCGCCCUAGUGAAGACGUGCAAUUGCACCUCCGAGCCAUCCUGCGUCCGGCGAAGGACGAGACAGCUGAGGGAGUUCAUCACCAGGGACGAGUCGAGCUCCUCCGACGAGGAUUCCGCGACGCCGCAGUUCGCUUGCUCCGAGGCAAAGGGUAACAUGAACUACUGCCUCGUCGCGAGCAAGCAGAUGGUGGGCAUCUUCCUCUCGGUUUGGGUCAGGAGGGAGCUCGUGCAACACGUCAGCCACCUUAGGGUGGCCACCAUCGGAAGGGGAAUCAUGGGCUGUCUCGGUAACAAGGGAUGCAUUGCGAUGAGCAUGUCGCUGCACCAAACGAGUUUUUGCUUCGUCUGCAGCCACUUGGCAUCAGGCGAGAAGGAAGGCGACGAACUGAAGAGGAACUCUGACGUGGCCGAGAUCCUCAAGAGCGCGCAGUUCCCGAGGAUCUGCAAGUCUCCAUGUCGGCGGAUUCCUGAAAGAAUCUUAGACCACGAUCGAGUGAUAUGGUUUGGUGAUCUGAACUACCGGGUUGCACUAAGCUAUCAGGAGACAAGAUCUCUGCUCAGGAACAAUGAUUGGAACUCUCUCCUGGAAAGGGAUCAGUUGAAGAUAGAAAGAGAAGCAGGAAGGGUGUUCAAUGGGUGGAAGGAAGGGAAGAUCUCAUUUGCUCCAACCUAUAAAUACUCACAGAACUCCGACAUCUACGCUGGUGAGACCGUCAAAUCCAAGAAGAAGCGAAGAACACCAGCUUGGUGCGAUCGGAUACUAUGGCAUGGAAAUGGGAUGGAACAGCUGCAGUACUUGAGAGGGGAGUCGAAGUUCUCGGACCACCGCCCUGUUUGUGCCGUGUUUGCAGCGCAGGCAGAGAUGAACAACAGAUGCAGAACGGCAUGUCUUGGUGCGGACUCCAGAAUUCCUUCUGAUGAGUUGAUACCUCAAAGGCACAGUUUCUACUGAGGAGGAGACUUCAUUGAUGUUGUCGAGGGGUCAUACGAUGUCACAAACAUGCUUAUAGCUCUUGUUAAUACUAUGUUAAUAUAUAUAAAUAUAAUAAUAUAGAAGCAUUCUGGUAA